GGUUUUGUUUACUUAAUGCAGGUUAUUAUUUUUAACUACUGUAUUUUUUGUUUGUUAAGUUGACUAUAAAACGGGAUUGCACCACCAAGAAAAGCAUCAGUCAGUGGUUAAGCGAUCUGAAGAAAACAUGAAGUUCACUCUAGGAAUUGCUAUCGCUUGCGUUUUGGUGAUCUCUUGCUCGGGAUCCCCAACAUAUAACUGUGGAUGCCCCCCCACUACUCAACCACCCUGCGAGCCUCCAACAACCACUCCAAGACCCUGCGAGCCUCCAACAACCACUCCAGUUCCCUGUGAGCCUCCAACCACCACCACUACUCGUAGACCAACAACAACAACAACAACCACAACAACUCGUAGACCAACAACAACAACAACAACUACAACAACUCGUAGACCAACAACAACAACCACAACUACUCGUAGACCAACAACGACUACAACAACCACAACUACUCGUAAACCAACUACUACUACCACUACUACUACUACUACUACCACUACUACUACUCCCAAACCAACAACAACCACGCGUAGGACAACAACAACCACUCGUAGGACGACAACUCCAAAAACAACUCGAACGACAACUCGGAAGACCACUAAGAGACCCACUCAGAAACCAACAACCACCAAGAAGCCCGGCUCUUGCGGUUGCCCAGUUUGUGGACCCGGUGGUACACCCUGCGAAGGUUGCGGAUCUCGUAAAACUGUAUGCGUUGAACUUAAGGAACUGAUCGAGAAACUGGAGAAAAAGAUUAAAAAAUGUGUCUGCGGAAUACCUGAUUGGGUGUAAAGUCUUAACAUGCAGGAGGAAGUCUCCACAAAGGAACAGGAAACUCCAGGAGCUUGAGAGAGAAAAGGAUAUUCUGAACUAGGAAAAUGAACUGAUCACCGAAACGUAUUUUAAUAUUUGUUAUAUUGUUGUUAAAUAAAAUAUUUCAUUGCUGCAUUAAAUUUCGAAAAAUAUGUCAUUCAGA